CGAUUAGAUCACCACAGAAACACUAUGGGACUUGUUAUUUCUCACAUUUUUUCAGGGUUAUUCACCCAACAGGAGACAAGACUACUGAUGGUUGGACUCGACGGUGCGGGAAAGACAACGAUCCUCUACAAGCUAAAGCUCGGCGAGAUCGUCACGACCGUUCCUACAAUAGGAUUCAACGUAGAGACGGUUGCGUACAAGAAACUCCAGUUCACCGUGUGGGACGUAGGAGGUCAGCAAAAGAUUCGUCUUCUCUGGAAGUACUACUUUAAUAAUGCAGAGAGCAUCAUUUUUGUAGUCGAUUCCAGCGAUCGCGAUCGCAUUCCAGAAGCGAAAGAGGAACUUCACGCGCUGAUGAAUGACGAACAAUUAAAAGACUCGCUGUUGCUUGUGUUUGCGAAUAAGCAGGACAUGCCUGGCGCUAUGAGCGCGAGUGAACUCACCGAUAAACUAGAAUUGCGGGUGUUUGGACAGAGAACGUGGUAUAUACAGUCUACUUGCGCAACUUCGGGCGAAGGACUGUACGAAGGCCUAGAAUGGUUGGCAACCAAUCUCAAGAAGCGUCGUUGGUAGAUUAUGCUUCUUAGUUCUAUGUGGUUUGGUAGGACGAGAAAGUAAAUUGGGAUUCGUAGUACGUUCGCAAUAUAGUGAAGUGUUAUCAAGUUUAGUCAUGGAGAGGGCAUUAUUGUCCGCUGCAUGGCCCCCUUAAGGUCUGUGUCAAGGCUGAGUUGGUUUAAUAGUUG